AUGGCGUCUGCCCAGGCAAAGGCUCAGGAUUAUCUGAGCGUCAUUGAUAAGGAGCUCUCCAAAUACCCCGCCCUUAACAAUCUCGAGAAGCAGAUUGGUGUCCCCAAGGCCUAUGCCGUCAUCGGUGUUGCUGCUCUCUACUUCUUCCUCAUCAUCUUCAACAUUGGUGGCCAGCUCCUCACAAACUUUGCCGGCUUUGUUCUUCCUGGCUACUACUCUCUGGGCGCUUUGUUCUCUCAGUCCAAGGAAGAUGACACUCAGUGGCUGACGUACUGGGUUGUUUUCGCUUUCUUCACCGUCGUCGAGGGCUUCUUCAGCAUUGUUUACUGGUUCCCCUUCUACUUUGUCUUCAAGUUCAUCUUCCUGCUGUGGCUGGCUCUCCCCACUUUCCGCGGCGCUGAGGUCGUUUUCCGAUCUUUCCUUGCUCCUACCCUCGGCCGAUACUUCCAGGGCCCUGGCACUUCUGCCGGUCUCCGCUCCAAGACUGAUGCCUUUGACAAGACUCAGUAA